GCAAGUCCAGACACACACCAAGCUGGGAGCCAGAGAGACGGAUAUACCGAUGCGCGCGGGCUCUGCACCGGCGAACACACGUCCACGCGAGACACGGUAGUGGGUGAUCCGGGAGGAGGCUCCCAACCAUGGCGCUCCAGGACCAGCUGACCAGCGCGGCAGCGAGAGGAGACGCGACCGAAGUGGAGCAUCUUCUUCGGCUCGGGGUGGACGUCAACGGCGUCAACAGCUUCGGAAGAACCGCGCUGCAGGUGAUGAUGAUGGGCAGCACGCAGGUGGCUCGGGUUCUGUUGGACCAGGGCGCCGAGCCAAACGUGCCGGACCGGAGCACCGGUAGAACCCCGCUUCACGACGCGGCCCAGGCGGGUUUUGUGGAGUCGGUUCGGCUGCUGGUCCAGUCCGGAGCUGACGCGCAGGCCCGGGACCACAGGAACCAACGACCGGUGGAUCUCGCCACCAGCGAGGGCCACAGUGACAUCGUGGAGUUUCUGGAGACUCUGACAACCGAACGCAAUCAUGCAGCACUUGAAUGACCUUUUUUAAGUUAUUUGUCUUCUGUUUUAUUUAUUGAAGGCUCCGCAGUUAUAAUCGGCGCCUCGCUUCAUGACAUGUUUUGUGAUUUUGAACCAUGAAAAUAUCAACAGUCAGCUUGACCCAUCUCUGUUCUAAGCAUUAAUAUUUUGGACUAAUAAGACAGCAGGAACAAACCACGUUUACAUUUGCUUACAUCAGUUUAGUUGCUGCGUUUGUGGCAAGUGACAGAGCUACGGAUUUUUUUUUUUUACCGGAAAGGCCACGCCUAAAUUUGAGGUUUAAAACUUGAAAAAAGGCCGUUUUAUUGGGUUUAAGCAAGUCAAGGCUGCAAAUACUUGCAGGGAAAUUGCUUGCUUGCGUGCGUGUGUGUGUGCGUGCGUGCGUGUUGAACUUAAGCUCUUAUAUUUAUUUUUUUUAAAACGAUCUAGGUUUAUUUAUAUAAACAUUUCAGGCCAAAAAUAACAUAUGAAACCGACGGCUUAAUUCAAAUUUGCACUAUCGGAAAGGAUGGAAUUUUAAGUCUUAAUGUCUUCUGUA